AUGACAAGCAACGUUUUAUCAUCGGCCGCUGCCAAGAUCUCACGGGUGAUGAAGUACGGCCAGCGAUUCUACUCGAUCCCGUCAAACUACAAGUUGGGAGGGAGUGCCGCUGCCAGCGGAGGAGGAGGGGGAGAAGAUCAGCCACCCUUGCUGCUUCCCUCUGUCACUACGAUCCUCAGAAUGAUCAACAAGCCAUUUCUCAUCAAUUGGGAAAAGAGCGUCAUGAUACAGGCAAUCAAGGAGCACUAUACUACCAGUAAACCCGCUGCUUUUCAGUCGUCGGCCGAAGAGCACCAGUGGCUCGACUCGAUCAUCACCUCGUCGAAAUCACGUGCAGAAGAGAUCAAAAACGAAGCAUCGACAUUUGGAACACGAGCUCAUGAAUGGAUCGACAAGAAAAUAGAUCUAAAGGGAGAGGAUGGAGAGUUGUUACCACGAGAGGGGCAGGAAGGGGAAGAGGAGGAGACACCAGAAGACCUCAAAAACUUGGCCAUUGCAUUUCAAGACUGGAAAAAAGAGUCUGGUCUCACACUAGAGAGACGUGAUACUAUAGUAUGGUCGGAAAAGUAUGGGUAUGCCGGUGCAGUCGAUGCAGUUGGACGAACAAAGGAUGGCCAGCUCGUAGCAAUCGACUGGAAGACAUCGUCAAUGAUCUCAAACGAAUACGCUCUGCAGGUGGCUGCCUAUGCAAAGGCGUUGGAGGAACUGACGGGAGAGGUAAUCAAAGAGGCUUGGAUCGUUAGAUUCCACAAGAAACUUCCACUCUAUGAAACCAAGCAAGUCAAAGAUAUAGAUCGCUCAUUCCAAACUUUUCUAGGUACACUGGAACUUUGGAAAACUUACAAUGAAAAUGACCUAUACUUGGAUUUAAAAUCAAAUACCAAAUUGUCAAAUAGUAAUGAUUUCUUUUUCCAAACAAAUAAUAAUACAUCUACCAAUAAUAAUAUUAAUAAUAUAAAUGUUUAUACUCCAACCCAAAAAAAUUAUAAUAAUAAAAAAGAUCAAUCAACUGCAUCAUCACCAACGCAACAACAAUCAUCAUCAGUAAAUACAACAACAGCAACCGAGCAAUUACAACAAGAUCUAAUCAAUCAACAACAACAAUCAACCUUUUCCUUACCAAAACAACCUCCAAGAUAUAUUGUCAAGAAUAAAGGUUUGGCAAUCUAA